UUAAUUGAAACUAGUGAGUGGUGCAAGAACAUAGUAAAAAGGAUCCUAAAUAAGUAAAAAAUGACAAAAGGCAAAUCAAAUAAAUCGCCACAGGCAUCUGAUGGUAAAGUCCUUAAUUUUGACCAUCUGAUAUUCUGGGUGGCUAAUGCGAAAACGGCUGCCAGUUAUUUUGUUACGCGUUUUGGUUUUAAGCUUAUAGCUACCAAAGAUCCUUCAGAGGCCAAGCCUGUGGUUUCUUAUGUUGUGAGACAGAAUAAGAUAACCAUAGUAUUCGAGUCGCCCACAUCUCCUGGUGGAGACAUCAACAAGGAUCUGUCAGCGCACGGUGACUUCGUGAAGGACGUCGCGUUGGAGGUGCAAGCGCUGGAUGACUUGGUAGCGUGCGCGCGCGCAAGAGGCGCUGACGUCAGGCGUGACGUCACUACGGAGAGCGACGAGGAUGGCACUGUCAGAUAUGCGGUGUUGAGGACCUAUGGUGACAAUACCCACACCCUCAUUGACCGGUCUCAGUACAAAGGAGUUUUCUUGCCGGGAUACACGCCUGUUCAAGAUGAUGACCCAAUCAAUACCUUACUACCUGACACGCAACUUUUGUAUAUCGACCACGUGGAAGGAAAUAUGGCAGAUGGAACUUUAGAAGACUCUACGUCCUGGUAUGAGAAGAACCUCAACAUGCACAGAUUUUGGUGCGUCGAUUAUAAGCACGAUAUUACGCCAUAUUCGUGCAUAAAAUCUACUUCAGUGAUCAACCAGGAAGAAACUGUACUUCUAUCAAUGAACGAAGCAGCAAAAGGUCUGCGACCGACGAGUAAAGCGACGGAAUUCGUGAAGGCGCUCGGUACUUCGGGCGUCGAACACAUUGCUUUGUACACUGACGACAUCGUUGCUACGAUGCGAGAUCUGAAGGCUCGUGGCGCGGACAUUCUUGUUUUUCCUCCUACAUACUACGAUGUGAUCAAGGAGAAACUAAGCGAGAGUUCUCUCAAGGUCCACGAGACGAUCGACGAACUAAAGGAAAACCACAUUCUGAUCGACUUCGACGAGCGAGGAUACAUGCUCCAAGCCUUCACCAAGCACGUGCAAGUCAGGCCCACGGUCUUUGUCGAGGUUAUACAGCGGAGGAACCAUAGAGGAUUUGGUGCAAUGAACUACAAGUGGGUGUUCGAAGCCAUUGAGCGAUUGGACGCUUCUGGUGACAAAAAGAAGGAAAUCCCCGCAAAAACUGAACCCGAAUCAGAAAUUUAAUUGAAUAUUCUAACAUUUAAUUAUUGUAUAUUAAUAUUUGUGAUUAAUUUGGCUGAAGGGAUUAUGAUAAGUGAAAUGUAUAGUUAAUAUUAGGAACUCGUAAUAAUUGUACCUACGCCUAACUUUGUCAUAUUAUUUGAUUGUUAUUCUCUUUCAUAAUAAAGAUGGUUAUUUAGAAUCAUGGUGUCAACCAGGGUUUUGUUUCAAAGAAAACAACGAAGUCCAUUAAUAAAAUAAUUUCUUUUAUUCACAUUAUAUUUACAUAAGAUCGCAGAUAUAAGUAUCAUUACAAUACGGAGUAUUUCCUUCAUUUGCACCUAUGUUUAUUAAAUUCUAUUCGUCAAGGUAAGGCACCUUAAUGGAAGCUUUAUUUGAGACAAUUUCUGGCUAAUGGUCGUAUAAGGUCUGUACGGCUAGCACGAAAAACUUUCGAGUUCGAAUCGUUUGCGUAUUCGAAUCGCCAUCAAAACAUUUAGUACAAAAACUACAACAGCGCCCUUGUGAACGUGUCGUAAAGUGAACUUGGUAUGAGAAAUGGUUGCACGAAACUUAUUUUGAGCAUCAAAAUUGUCACAUUAUCGUUUCAUUCAAAGUUUGAGUAUCGAAUUUUGUCGAAUUCGCAAACGAUUCGAAGACAAAAGUAUUUCAUGCUAGAGAUACUGUUUCCGAGCCACUAUACAGCUACACAACGACACUAUGUAAAAAAGGACUUAUAUUUGUACCACAGUGACUGUUAUGUCGCUAUUUCGGCUUACUGGUAUCACUGGCCGGAACCGUACCUUAAAACUAUUCUAAAACAUGAUACAAAAUAUGAUAGCAUACAGGCCAAUAUACCCUAAUAUUAUAUACAAAACUAUAGGUAACAAUUCAAUAAAAAUACUACGCAAUAAUUUAAUUCAUUUUCCAUAAUUUUCACUGCUGACCACAAGUAAAAUCCAAGUGAGAGUUUUUCGUAAAGUUCAUUUACAUAUGCUAAAAAAUCAGAUAAAAAGGACUAGGUAUAUCUCCCAUUGGAUUCCACUUUCAGAAAUCGUCUGCCGUCUCCCUACAGUAUUAUUAUAAACAGAUAACAACUUUUAACUUAAACUAUAUUUACAAACGACAUAAAAUAGUAAUUUACACAAGGAAUAAGAUUAUAGGAAAUGCAUGCACGAGUGACAGUGGUGCCAGUAUACAAAACUAAUAAUUAAUUUGGUAUAACUAUUUAUACACUGUAAUAUAACACGAAAAUUAUAUAUUUUUCAUUAAAAUAAAGAUAGUAUAAGCGAUAUAAUUGUUUAAUGGGAUACUUGACUAACAUUGGAAUAUAAAAUAACGAUAUUGUGAUUAAAGUAGUUAUACGAGUACAUUAAAUUGUGUAGAAAUCAUUACGAAAGCUUUAUAUUUAUACAAAAAAAUGUAACUAAAAGAUCUAUUGAAAUAGUUAUACCAUUUUUGUAGUGUCUCUAUUAUUAUGCUUUUAAAAGUAAUUAAAAUAUGUUUUGUGAUUGGCUAUUUCAAUUGGUAACUUACUAAUGCGUUACACUUCGUUUUAACUAAACUUAAUUGCAAUAAAAUUAACGAAAUUGGGGUACAUUUACAAAGAUUUAUAAUAGAGGAACACAAAGCGCUUAUAAAUAUAAUAAAAAUUAAAUAUACAAUGUGGUAAUUUGGUAUACCGCGGGCUGCUGCGUGAAAGUAGGUAUGUUAAAAAU